AUGUCGAGGAGGCGUGGUCUUUCCGUGGAGGAGAAGCGUAUGAAAAUGAUGGAACUCUUCUAUGAGAAGGAGUUGGAAAGGGUCUCCCACAAAGAGAAAGGCAUACCAUCCAUGACAGUUAAAGACAUUCUCAUGGGUCUUGUUUCAGACGGUUUGGUUGAUUCUGAUAAAAUUGGCACUUCUAUUUAUUUCUGGGCUUUUCCCAGCAAGGCGGGUCAAAGUCGGCGUGAAAAAAUUGGCGCGUUGGAAUCCGAGAUAUCUGAUUUGAAAUCUCGUCUUGUUGAUUUGGAACAAACGCUUGAGAUGGCUCGUGCAAAUAAGGAGAAGACGGUGGAACGAGAGGAAGCGCUGUCCGCGCUCAGUGAGAAUCAGUCGCUGCUGGAAGAACUUAAAAGCAACCUGACCCAUCUGAAGCAGCACCAUCCCAACCGCAUUCGUGAGCUGAGUUCCCAGACAGAAACUGCUAUCGAAUGCGCUAAUCGAUGGACUGGUAAAGCGAGUCUCUUAUCUCACCUCGUGUACCCUUCAGACAACAUCUUCCAGAUUAUCGGUUGGAUAAAGAAUAGAUUCGGUGUGGACGAUGCUGCUCUAGUCAAACAGUUUCACAUACCUGACAACCUUGACUAUAUUGAAACCUAA